UUUAAUCAAGUGAUUAAGCGUUUCAUACGUUCACGUCGCUUUACACCUAUAGGUUUUUGGGAAGUGGUUGGAAGAUACAGAGAGUGCGUGUAUUUCGUAUGUGUGUAGGAGCAACUAUACUGUCCCAUCAUGCCUCGGUCUUUCUUGGUGAAGAAAGUCAAGCUGGACGACUUUUCGGCCGCUGAACUGGAGAGUUCAUAUGGACACAGCCGAAGAGAAGAACUGAGUCUGCGAUUCCAUCAUCAUGACAAAGGUUAUGUCAGCGAUUAUCUGAGUCCGUCUCCUUAUGAUGAUGUGGUGGGAAGUGACUCAUCUGUCAUCUCUAAAGUCCCUUCCCCGAGCCACUCGUCAAUCAUCUACAGCCGCAUUGAUGACACCUACACUGGCAUCCAUGGCGAUAUCCAUGGUGAUUCGGACCAGCCGGACAGCCCACGGUCUGAGGUCUCGUCAUCAGCCGGCGGAUACAUUAACGGGGAUGCAGCCGUGAGCGAGGGCUACUCAGUGGACGCAUUUUUCAUCAUGGACGGACGAUCACGAAGGAAAACUACGGGGAACCCCAGAGGAACCGCCCAGAGGCACACCUGCAGCGAGUGCGGCAAAACCUACGCCACGUCCUCCAACCUGAGUCGGCACAAGCAGACGCACAGGAGCAUAGACAGCAAGAUGGCCAAGAAGUGCCCCACAUGUGGGAAAGUCUACGUGUCCAUGCCCGCGAUGGCCAUGCACCUGCUGACCCACGACCUCAAGCACAAAUGCGACGUGUGCGGGAAAGCGUUCAGCCGGCCGUGGCUGUUGCAGGGUCACAUGCGCUCACACACGGGCGAGAAGCCGUUCGGGUGUGCGCACUGUGGGAAAGCGUUUGCUGACCGGUCAAACCUGCGCGCUCACAUGCAGACGCACUCGGCCUUCAAGCAUUACAAGUGUAAACGGUGUGACAAGACGUUUGCUCUCAAGAGUUACCUGAAUAAGCACUACGAGUCGGCGUGCUUCAAGGGGGCGUUCUCCCCUCUGAGCUCACUGGGAGAGUGAUGGGUUUUCUUUUCUUUAUUUAUAUCUGAUUUAAUGGCCUCACUCCCUAAUUUUCCUGCUUCCCCCAACAAGAACAGCAGUAUGCCUGAGCACUAUGAGGGGAGGGGGAGUGUUUUCCUUGCUAGGAUCAUGAGGCAAAAGACAAACAAAAAUAGAUUGAUGACAUGUCCAUUUUUAUCAAGACCCUUCUAAUCCCUCUUUUGUCUCCUCUUUCCUCAUCUGGAGGUGGAGUAAACCAGCUGGUACACAUUUUGGAUGCCGGAUUUAGAUUGUCACCUGCUUCAAUAAGACAC